CUCAGCAGAUUAAAACCAUAAUACAUGGAAAAUACCUCAAAGAAAAAAAACAGGAACCAAAGCAACCACUUCCGCAUAAUAUCGCAAAAACAGCAACAUUUAAAAAGUUUGCAUUAAUAAUCCUAGACUGACACAUGUUUUACGCACGAAAAACGACAUUAUAAACCCAUGUUGUUGUUAUGACUAAACGUUGAUAAAUAAACAAAAUCCAAUGAAAAAAUACGUUUAAACGUAUAUAAGACGAGAAACAUACAAGUUCACCUUAUUAUGGAACGACAAACUGGACGUGGCACAACUCGAUAACUGGAAAAAUGAAUCAAUUUUUUAAGCUUUUAAUCUUAAUCAGUGCAAGUGAGGUGCUCGCUCAGUCCACAUCCAGAGACUACUCUGAAGAUGCUAAACUAAAUUUUACUGGUCUCGCCAACAAGUAUGGCCAGAAGACAGAAGAGUAUGAUUUCAUAUCUCAAGAAGGAUACAUCUUGAAAAUGUUCCGCAUCCCCGGGGACCCGACCCGACCGGUGCUGUUCAUACAUGGUGCUGUGGACUCUGCGGACAGCUUCGUAGUUCGGGGCAACACUUCGCUGGCCGUCGCAUUAGCGAGGGAUAACUACGACGUGUGGGUCACCAACUUCCGCGGCAGUAAAUACUCCCGCAGACACGCGAGCCUCGACCCCGACGCAGACCGAGCGUACUGGCAGUUCAGUGCACACGAAAUAGGAUUUUACGACAUAGCUGCUUCCAUAGACUUGGUUUUAAGAAUAACUGGUGAAAAGAGAUUGAGUGUUAUAGCAUAUUCGGAAGGGACAACGACCAUGUACGUUUUAGGCUCAACCAGGCCCGAAUAUAACGAUAAAGUCAAAAUAUUAAUAUCGUUAUCGCCGAUAUGCUAUUUACAUAAUACAAAACCUUUUAUGUCUGCUCUCCUGAAAACGGGACCGGUGUUGAACACGUUACUACAAGCAAUAGGCACAGAAGAGUUGUUAGGUGCUAACUCAGCAACAACAGCGAUCGUCAACGAACUGUGCAACCCAAAAAACAAUGGAUAUGUGACGUGUUUACUAAAUGGUUUAUUCCUUUUGACUGGCUCCAACGCUAAGGAAAUCGAACCGGAAUUCUUCCCUGUGAUAUUAGGCCAUUUCCCGGCCGGAACUUCCCGAAUGAACUUGAAUCACUUGCUGCAGAUUAGUCACAAGAAGAAAUUCGUCCGCUACGAUUACGGUCCGAUUAGAAACAUGGCCGUUUACAACAGCCUCGUACCACCAGAAUAUGACUUGAGUAGAGUGACUAUGAAAAUAGCGCUUUUCGUCGCUAAGAACGACAACAUAUCGACGCUAAAAGAUGUCGCAUUACUGAGGAAGCGUCUGCCGAACGUCGUGGACUACAAGGUGAUGAUCGACGAGGAGUUCAAUCACGUUGACUACAUUUGGGGGAGAAAUACCCACAAGACAAUGUUCCCAAUGUUAUUCAAGAUUUUAAAUAAGUAUAAUUGAAGGAAGGUUAUUGAACUUUGUGUUGUGAAGUGUUUACAGAAUUCAAGGGCUUUUGAUAGUCGUGACAGUCGAGUGCUGUGAUAACCGCUACCGGAGCAAUAAUGAGACUGUAUCUAAUGACUGUUAUUUUGAACUAAGAUUGAUAGGUUGAAAAUGAACUGCAUAAUUGCAAGAGACAACAAUAUGUGUAAGUUUAUUUCAGCUUUCAAUUUUGUUGCCGUGACUUUUAAAGUUUUGUCUUGUAGAGUCAAUUACAUCAGGUUCCGCGGGCAAGGGCGAGGUCGAUAACGCCCGUUUAUAAUUAAGGUAGAUUCAAAAAAUGUACUUGUAAGGUCUUAUUAUUAUUUCCAUACGCGGUUUUACAGAUUUACCUCUGAUAAGAGGUUUAUUUUACAUUUUAAUUGAGCUCUUAAUUACUUCUUCUUAUUUAUUAAAGCCGAAGAUUAAUUUUCGGCGUUAUGUAAAUUUUAUAAGUAAAACAAAAAAACGCAAAAUAACAAAGAUUCGUGAUAUAGUUUUGUACGAGAGAUAUAUUUAAAAAAUUAACGUUAUUUUAAAAAAUGUUAACGACUUUUAUGACCGAAACAAUAGUUUUCAAAGACAAAAUUCGAUUUUAUUUUUUUGCGAACUUCGUGAUGAACCCCAAAAGUGAACAAAUAUCUGACGUACCUAGGUACUAUCUGUAUCUGUACUACUAAAAGCAAAAGUGACAAUAGUGAAAGUGGCAGAGAUCUAAACUUAUUGGGAGGACUGAUCUUUUGACACUUUCUGUCAGCUUGGGGUCGAUACAUACCUGAUGGAAAAUGCGUCAUUGGUUGAUGAUUGUGAAGAUGAUAGUUGCGAAGGUUGAAGGUUGUAAGGACGUUACGCGACUGAUAAUGUAAGACGCAUUUUCCAUCAGAUAUAAAUCGACCCUUACGUAGGUUAUUAAUAGAUUGACUAAAAGACGACUAGAAGACUGAGUAAAAUCAUGCGAGAGCAUCAACUUCACACAUAGUAUAGACAUAAAUAUAUACUGCAUAAUUUAGCGAAAGUUAAGUUAGCGAGGUAUACCUAGUAGUAACUAGUGUGACUGAACAUUAUUAUAUUGACCACGGUUCUCGCUAGGCUAGAAGCUUUUUAUAACAGGCAUUUUUACUCGAUAUAAAAAAAUUAAGACAUAUACACGCUAUUGAUAUUAUAUGCAGGAAGCCUAAAAUUGUUUACAUCAAAAGUGUUUUAGAGACCUAAUUAAGACAUUAAGAUGCAGAAUUAUAUUUAAAAUGAUCUAAUAAAGACUAGAACAACACAUAUUAACAAGCGGAAGUUUUCGUCACAUAACUUUUGUGAAAUCAAUUCAGAUUAUUACACAAAUUAAAUCCUUCUGUAAGAUAUUAAUUU